AUGGAGCCGGGGCCGGGGCCGGGGCCGGGAGCGGGCCCCGGGCGGUGGGGCGCGGCCGCCUGCGUGCUGACCGGCGCCUCCCGGGGCUUCGGGCGCAGCCUGGCGCGGCUGCUGGCUCCGCGGCUGGGCGAGGGCUCGGUGCUGCUGCUGCUGGCGCGCUCGGCGGCGCCGCUGGCCGAGCUGGCGGCCGAGCUGCGGGGCGGCGGCACCGGCGCCGGGCUGCGGGUGGAGUGCGUGGCCGCCGACCUGGGCUGCGAGCAGGGGCUGCGGCGGGCGGCCGCUGCCCUGCGGGAGGUGCUGCCCGCCGCCCCGCCAGGCCGCCUGCUCAUCGUCAACAACGCCGGCUCCCUGGGAGACAUCUCCAAAUCCUUCCUUGAUCUCACCAACCCAGAUGAGAUCAACAGCUACUUUGCCUUCAACGUCACCUCGGCGCUUUGCCUCACCUCCACUGCCCUGCAAGCCUUCGGGAAGCGGCCCGGCUCGAGCAGGACGGUGGUGAACAUCUCCUCGCUCUGUGCCGUGAAGCCCUUCAAGAACUGGGCGCUGUACUGCAGCGGGAAGGCUUCCCGGGACAUGAUGUUCCAGGUGCUGGCGCUUGAGGAGCCUGAUGUCCGUGUGCUCAACUAUGCUCCAGGUCCUCUGGACACGGACAUGCAGCUCUUGGCCCGGACUAAGACCGGAGACCCUGAGAUGCGUCAGUAUUUCCAAAGCCUGCAGGAAAGUGGCCAGCUGAUAGACUGCACUGUGUCAGCCCAGAAGCUGGUGAAUCUCCUGGAGGAGGACACCUUCCGCUCCGGCGCCCACGUGGAUUUCUACGACGUCUGAGUUACUCUCACCUCCACCCUCGCCUUCACUCUUUGCUUUCUGCUUCUGUCCGCCGAGCUGCGUCUUGGGUGCCUCCGGCGUGUUUGGUGACCUCGUUUGAGUCCAGGGUGCUUUGCAGCUUUUAAGAGAAGACCUCUGGGUGCCUUAAUAAUCCUAGUGCCCCACUGGGGAUGGGGGGAAGCUAUUGCUUUGCUGCGCUGUAGCCAUUCAGCCCUCCUGCGUACCCGCUGCCAGGAGUGGGGAUAUCUCAGCUGUAGGGCAUGGGGGAACAGAGCUGGCUUUUCCAAGGGAAUGGGCAUGGAAUUCUUAAAGCUGUCCUGCACAGGAGUGCGUGUGAGCCAAGGAAGUACUGAGGCACGCGAGGCCAGGUCAGAAAGCCACCCCAGAAGGUCUUGAAGAAGCCAACAGUAGGGUUAGUAGAGCUCAGUGUCCCCACAUCUGUCCCCUUUGCCCCGCAGGAGCUGUAUGCUCAGCACCUGAGCAAGUCACCGAAGGGCAAAAGAGCUAUUCCUGGGGCUGGAGGUGGUGGCUGUCACCCCAGAGCCCUGACUCUCCGUCCCAUCUCACCAGUGGCUUGUCCAGACUUUCCUGCAGUUCUGGGAUCAUCUCUGCGCAGGAUCUGUGUAUUAAGACGUGGAGCAAAGCCCGUCCCUGUGGUUUUUUGCACAAAGGCAAUAUAUCACCGGGGUGGGGGGCUGCCCAUGGAGGAGGUGUGAAUUUUGGGUGCCUGGCUGAGGUCACCAGCUUACGUAAACCUGUGCACAAGCGCAGCACGGGUUGGAGCGCAUCUGAGACAUGGCUCUGAGUUCAUGUAAUGCUCCUGUUAGCAGGUUGUGGGUCCAAGCCUGGAUCUGGGGCUUCAGCCCCUUCUGGGUUGUUCUUUUAAUUAUUUGUGGGGUUUUAGCCUCAUUUUUUCAUCAGAUUCCAGGAGGCACAGGCGCUUAUAGACUUGCCCUUCUAGAAAGCAGCUGAUCUGCAGCGUGUGAUGAUGAGA